AUGUCUGCCCCACCGGCUCCGAAAAAGGCAAGAAAAAGCGAAGCCAGCAAAGCGCAUGAAGACUCCAUACUUUGCGAUGACAAUGAAGAAGAUUCUCCAUUCACUUUAUAUUUUAUUGAAACUUCCGAUGGAGUACCUACAGAGCAAGAAAUUCGAAAUCUGAAAGAGACUUUUAAAAUUUCGAAAAAAGCCGGAGUGAUGCCUGAGUGGAUUGACUCAGGAUCUGUUGAGCACAUCAAAUCAUCAGACGAUUUCUUCGUGCUUCCUUGUUUCCGCGGAAAGUUGUUUCAAAAACUUCAAGAAAACAAACUGAAACUCUAUGGUCCACCAAUCAUUCGUGAAUGCCUGGAAGAGAUGAAAUCACUUCCACAAUGCACUCAUCCAGUUUUCUCCAGUGUGUUCGAUGGCGCUAGAAUUUCGUUCACAUCGUUGGACCCAGAAGAAAAGAAAGAUCUCGGCGAAAAAAUCGCUUGGAUGAAUGGUGUUUUUAAUAAGACUCUGUAUCAUGAGACAACCCAUCUAAUUUCUGGAAAAGCAGAGCAUACAGAAAAAUAUAAGAGUGCUGUGAAAAAUUCUAUUAAGUUGAUGCGAAAAGAAUGGGUUGAGCACUUAUGGCAGACAUCUCAAACGACAAUGGGGAAGUUUAGCGCUAUAGGGAGAGAUGCAGUCGAAUCUUACAAGUUGAGAGUUUUUGAAGGGCUUGAAAUAUCUAUUUCUUCAAUCGACGGAGUUGAUCGUACUAAUUUGAUUCAGUUGGUAGAAGAGCAUGGCGGCAGAGUUUCUGGAAAUAUGUCGAAAAAUAGAUGCAGUCAUCUGAUUACUGAUAAAACGAGUGGGCAAAAAUAUCUGAAAGCAUCCGAGUGGAAAACCGUUAGGAUUGUUCAAACAAGAUGGAUCAGAAAGUGUAUCGAUGCUGGUUCUCUCAUUUCAGAAGCCAAAUAUCAUCCAAAAUACUUGUCCGCCGAACAUUUCCGAUCAUCUACUCCGAAGAAAGACACAAGUGUUAUUGAAAGUGCUCCUGAUAUUUCUUCAAUUGUUGGCAACGGAGGUCGCCUGAUAAAUUCAUCAUUCAGUAUGUCCUCAUCGAUGACUCCGACAGAACAAUCGUUCCGUCAAUCAUGCUCUUCAUUUGUGUCAAUUUCAUCAACCUCAAAUGUUACCUCAAGUACCAUUAAUAAUGACAAAACUGUUGGAAAGAUUGGAGUAUCGCGGAAUAGUGACCAAUUCUCAACCCUUCCUCUUCGAAAAAGCUAUGUUCCAAUGGUUCGAAUUCCCACAUCGCAAAACAUCGAGCCGGUUCAAAAUUCAGCCGGAAACGAACUGGAUCUCAUCGCCAACGCUCGGAAACUGAUAGACGAUGGACUCAGAGAACUUUUUGAAAACUGCAUUUUCUACAUAAUUGGAAAGGACCAAGCAACGAAAGAAAGUUUGGUGCGACUAUUCAACGAUACCGGAGCUACUCGGGUCGCAAAGUUCGAAUCUGCAACCCAUGUCGUUGUUAUCAAUCCCAGCCAACAAGAUCGUGCAUCUUUAAGAAAGAUAGUUCAACAAGAAGACAUCAAUAUAGUGACCGUUCAAUGGGUUAUAGAAUGCGUGAAGAAAAGGAAAUUGGUGAAUUCUGAAGAUUUUCAUUGGACAGAAAAUAUGAUGGAUGAUAGCCAAUCACAAACCCUCAGCUACGAAUCUUCUCAGUUAUCUGACAGAACUUUUGGACCCAAUGAUACCACUGGUGUAUUUUCAAGUCGAACAUACAGUUUUCAUUCAUCUCUUCAUGGACAACCAAUCGUUGCCACGCUCAGUGAUCAGAUUGAGAAACUAGGAGGACAGAUAGAACCUGACCCGGAGAAAGCAGAUUUCGUUAUUUUCGGUCCUUCUGCACCGAUGCAUACAUUGCUUACAUACGAUAAAGUCAUCACAACUCUCUAUGUCGAUCAAUGUAUCAAUAUAGGACACUGUAUUCGCCUUGGUGCCCACGCACUUUUGGUUCCUCUCCCAAAGCCUCCUCUACUGCUUUUCCGAAAUCAACGAUUCGUUCUACGGGAAAAUUUUCCUCAUGUUCGUGGUUUCAUCAAGAGCAUUAUUGAAGAGAAUGGUGGGAUUGUCAUCAACGAAAUGGAUUCCAAUUCGUUUCAAAUUAUGGUUGGCGCUGGACAAGUCAGACAAGAACAUCGUUCUCGGACUGCUGACCUAUCAUGGAUUAUUUCUAGUGUGUGUCGUUGUCAGCUUCAACCGUUUAAAGAUCAUAUCUAUAAGGAAAAAACAGAGCCUUUAUUAGAAUUUGAGCGGGACGAUGACGUUUGGGCCAAGUGUGUGUUAGAUAGGAAUGAAUCAACCGAAGUGAUCGAACGAGAAUUGGAAGACAGAUAUAAAGUGGAAGAGCGCCCUUACGAAACUCGGAGCAGUGAUGGUAUUGCAAAUAUAACGGCCCCUUAUAGAAAUCCAUAUUUUCCGGAUCUCAGAAAGCCAUAUAAAAUGGAUCUGAAUCUGGAAAGUGCCAAUAGAUACAUUGAUGAUAUGGAAUCACCGCCCAGAGAAACCCCAGAAUCAACCAUGACCAACUCGCGAAUCGGAAGUAUCCUUCGUAGAGCUGUUGUUAACACUGGUCGCACUAUAGGAAAAGAGAACGAGGAUGAACCAAUGACUUGUGAAGUUAUAAAAUCGAGAGUUGUCGAGAAUCGAAGAACUGUUUCCAGCACUCCGGUGUUAGUGAGAGACUUAGAUCGUUCUAUGAGACACUAUGAGCCAAUGGACGAAUCAUUUGCUGACCAAAAUCAAGAACACGAAGAGUUAAAUCGUAUGUACGCCAUGCAUCCACGAUUUUUGUUGAGUAUAUCCAAUAUGAGCCCACAAGAGUCAGCAGACCUUCUAGAAGCAAUCAAGCAACUGGGUGGUCGAAUUGAGAAAGAUUACAACAGAGAUGUCACCCACCUUAUCACCAGCAAGAUGCAGAGAACACCAAAAGUACUUUGCUCUAUUGCGGCUGGGAAAUGGUGCCUAACACCGGAGUAUGUGACUAAAAGUACUGCAUCAGGUCGAUGGAUAGAUGAAAAGAAAUUUGAAUGGACUCCUGAUAAACUUCCUAAAACCGUUCCGGCUCGAGAGAGUCCUAAAGAACGUGAAAACAGGAUACAUUUCGAGAAAUUGGUUGCUGUGUGUAAGCCGUGGCGCAUUAGAAUUGAUGAAAUGCCGAUCACCUCUUCAGUUAGAAUGGAGAAUCGAACCAAUGGAGCUUUCACCGGAUGGCGAUGUGUGAUUCAUCAAGACGACAGAACGGCCCAGCUAAUAGCGAGUAUCUUAGAAGCUGGUGGAGCUGUUGUUCAUUCGAUCACCGAUUAUAUAGAGAUCACUGAUCUUGAACCGAAUAGAGUUUUCGCAGUCAAAGAUUUUAAAUGGAACGUUCAGAGUGCCGCUAUGUUAAAGCAAGAUAAAAUACCUCUAUACGUCAUCGACUUUGUCUACGAAUAUCUGGUCAACAAAGAUAACUUGGAUUAUUCAAAUUUGCUUCAUCCUGUCUACAAAAACCUUUAA